GUGGUGCAUUGAUGAUCUACAUGGGCUUUCUGGUGUGGACGACAUGUUCGGCAGCACCAACGCAAUGUCACUUCAACUCUCAAGCACUGUGCGAAUAUGAAGGGAAGCAGUACACUAUGGGAGAGAGCUGGAUGGAGCAGGGCUGUGUGCAGUGCACCUGCCUGCACCCCGUGGGAGUGGGAUGCUGCGAGACUGUCCAUCGGCCUGUGGACUUCCCUCCUUGGUGUGAAGUUCGAGUUGAAUCUCUGACCUGUCAGGUCACACUGGUGAUGACGUCUGAUCCUCGUCUGCCCUGCAUUCCUGGAGAAGAGAACAGCAUUGACCCAAUACAUGGAGCAAUGAACAGGCUGGCAGGUUAGCUUGGAUGGGAGACCAAACACAAAUUAUAUGGCUAACAUACACCUUUUUCACUAUUAUGUGUGAGAUGUGAUAUUACACAUUAUAUAGCAACUGUAUUAACAAAACAUAACCAUUACCAUUUAAGCUGCACUUAAAGCAAGGAAGUGGUCUGGCAGGUACAGCAUGUAGGAACGAAAACAGGUGCUCUUGAGCCCUGUAUCUGAAUAAUGUAUUGAAGUGAAGGACAAAUCAGAAGUUCUUUUUAUUGAUGGUUGUGUAUGUAUGUGUGCAUUUUCUACCAUACUACUACUAAGUAAUUACAUGACUAUAACAAGUUAUUAGCACCGCAUGUCCUGUCAUUGUCCUUUACAGCUCAUUCCCUCUGAUUUUCACUUCCAUAGUAGACUGAUACCCCUUGAUGCCUAAAUAGUCUAGAUGUCUCUGAAAACAAACUCGUCAGGAGGCAUAAGCUUCUCUGCAACCUAAAAUAAUUUGAGAAGAAAACUUGCUAAUGUUUCUGAAAUUGGUUAUUUUAAGCAGCAUUGCCAAAACUUUUCCAUCAUGUAUGCACUAUUGUAAAU